AUGUAUUUUGAACGUUAUAAUAUUUUUAAUGGAUAUCCUAAAGCUAAAACAACAACAACGAUUUUACGUGAUAUUUAUGCUGAACAAUUUAUCGAUGGAGUUAAAUUUUCAUCACAUAAUCCAAUUAUGAUUGUACCAUUUGUUGUUAAAAAUGGUUUCACGAUUGCUGAUGAAAAUGUCAUUGAAAUGGUAUUGUGUUCUACAUUACAUGAUUAA